CGACGGGCGGAGGAUGUACCCGGAGGAGGCGUCCUCCCUGGGCUCCGUCGACGGAUUCUUUCCCAGUGUCCGGACGGGAGGCUCCCGGUGGGUCGCUGCGCCUCGUCUGAUCGCUGCGCCGGCUGCCCCGUCGGGAACGGGCACUACUUCACCGCCCUGGAGUGCGCUCUCGUCGCCGUGGUGAUGUGAGACUCAACGCGCCUGCAAGACUCCAAAUUUUUUUUUUUUUCCACUGACAAAA